AUCAAGAAAUUGAAUAUACAGUCAGACACUUGAUAUUUUAUUUCCCUUUCUGUAUUUUCAAGAGAUGAAAUAUUAUUCCCCGGUUUGUCAUAGGCAUUUUUGUAAUUCACACGUUUGUGGUAUGUAUUUCCGUAAAGAAUUUUGUGCUUAGAAUACCUAACUUUUCUUUUAACCAUGGAUGAAGAAGAGGGCGGGGACAAAAUGAAAGUAGGAGUACAAGGUACUUCAGCCGAUAUUGGCGAUAACAAUAUAAACACUGAUUGUGACGAUCCCAUGAGCACAGGUGACAUAUCAGUCCAAAUGGAACAUGUAGAAACCUUGAAUUCGAAAAUCGACGACAAUCAACAAACUGAUGGAUCCGGGGUUACCAAAAAAACCAGUGCUGCACUUCCUCAUUCCAAAGACAGUAAACUCUGUGGGUGGCUUCAUAUAACGACCAACAAAGGCCCUCUGAAAAUCAAUCGACUGAGGUGGUUUGCUUACAGUGACACAAAUAGUAGACUGUAUUUUUAUAGAAAUCCCCAUGACUUUCUACCUCUCGGUGAAAUAGACAUUUCUCAUGCGACUUUUUAUUUUGAUCCCAGUAAAACUGAUAAACCUGGAGGAUUUGAAAUCAGAUCAGAGAACAAAGACUACUAUUUGGAGGCGCCUGAUCGCGCUGUGAUGAUGUUUUGGCUGCAGGAACUACAGAAAAGGAGAAGAAGUCAUGCCACCCAGAGGAACUCUGAUUUUCUUCCAUACAAAUCACAGAGACCAAGUUCUAUUGGAGGAUUAUCACAAGCCAAAUCCAGAGCAGGAGCCCCUGAUCAAUGUGAGCCAAAGAAAGACAAUUCAGAAAUCCCCGAUAUUCCUACCUCAGAAAAUAUGGGGGUCAGGCGAGCUUCACUGGAUGAAUGGAGGUCAUCGUCAGGGAAACCCUCUUUGUUGACACAAUCAAGUCUCAAGUCGGACAUUCAAGAUGUCAUGAGCAACAUCAAGAAACAAUCAAAUCAAGGUAGAAGGUCAGUUAUUUCCUCUUCACCUUCACCUUCAGCAGAGGAUUGGACAUUAUUAGACCAACCCUCCAGACAAAGGUCAUCUGGUGACCUUUCACCCCCAAUUAGGUCGGGGAAAAUAGUCACAGCAUUUAACAAAUUGAAAGUAGGUGUUCGACGUUCCAAACAGAUUGAUGAACCAGUGUGUCAACCAGGAGUUUGCUUUAAGUGUAAACAGCUUCAGAAUGAGGUUUGCGUCCUACAAGAGGAACAGUCCAGCACAGAAGAUGAACUGCUGGCCCACAGGGAAAUAAUCCGACUGCAUCAAAAAGAAGUAGAUUAUCUAAGAAGAGAACUCCAAACCAGGUUUGCUGAGACUGAGCAGUCUGAAGAUGGACUUCAUCAAAUGCUGAAAGAGAGAGAUAAGCACAUUGUGGAACUGGAAUAUUGCUUAACUUCAGCUAAUGAAGAAAAAGCACAUGCUUUUCAGAAACAGAGAAUGUUGGAAGAAGAGGUCAAGUCACUAAAGGAUCAGGUGACCAUGCUCCAACAUAUGCUGCAGGCCAAAGAUGAGGUCAUUGUGAAGCUGACCAAUGACAUGUAUGAGCUGGAGAAGAAUAACAACGACCCCCACUCCUCCCCCAAACCCUCCAGCCCCACCAUCAGGAAAUCUGUCGUGUUUGACACCGACACAAGGGAGCUAGAAAAACUUAGGGAUAUGUGCAGUGCAUAUGAACUUCAGCACAAAUUUUUAACCAAGGAAAUUCUUGAGCUGAAUGAAUUGAGACAAAGAGACAAUGAACAACACAAGCAUCUCUCAAUGGAGAAUGCAAAACUAGAAGCCAAGUAUCUGCAGACCAAAAGUAAAUACCUCUAUCUACUUCAAGAGAUGAAACAGCCUGUCAGAGAUGGAGAGAGUAGUUCACAGACCAUCAUCUCCCAGCUGUUGACAGAUGCCAUUCAAUCAGAUGAUGACUUGGAUGAACACGAACAUUUCUUAACAUCAAGUGGACAAGAAUAUGAUAUAUAUGGUUUUGUGAAGAAGUAUGACUUUGAGAGUGGAGAAUUUGACCCAGUGACACUGGAAGCUCAGAAAUUAGAAAGAAAGUCAACAGAAAUGAGCGAUAAAGCCAAGAGACAGGAUGAGGAAUUGUCCCACCAAGUAAAGUGGGAGAAUUACAUGAUGGCCCAGGCAGGGAAACCUUUGGUGCGCUCACAGGAACUCAAAGCCAUGAUCCGAUCAGGGGUCCCACAUGAGUACAAAGAGGUUGUUUGGAAAGAGUGUUCAAAUUUUCACAUUGGAGCUGACCGGGACAAACUGGGACCACAUUACUAUAAACAACUAGUGUCCAAAUCCAAUUCCUCUUCACAUGAUCCUUCGUCAAAACAAAUUGAGCUGGAUCUGUUACGUACACUCCCCAACAAUCGACACUACGCCACAGUCGACUCCCCGGGAAUUUGCAAGUUGAGGAACGUUCUGUUGGCAUACAGCUGGCACAACCCUUCCAUAGGAUAUUGUCAGGGCAUGAACCGUAUAGCCGCCAUCAUCCUGCUGUUUCUGAGUGAGGAGGAGGCGUUCUGGUGUCUGGUGGCCAUCAUCGACUAUAUCAUGCCUGCAGACUACUACAGCAAGACCAUGCUGGCAGCGCAGGCUGAUCAGCGGGUUUUGAAAGACCUGAUCCAGGAGAAACUCCCGCGGGUGGCCUCUCAUCUUGAGCAGUAUUCAGUUGACCUUUCCUUGUUCACAUUUAACUGGUUCCUGACUGUUUUUGUUGACAACAUUCCAAUAGAGACAUUCCUUAGGAUCUGGGAUGCAUUUCUUUUUGAGGGAAGCAAGGUGCUGUUUAGAUUUGCUGUGGCAUUCUUUAAAUAUGUAGAAGAGGAUAUAAUGAGAAAGAAAAACACAUUAGAACUGAAUCACUUUAUGAGGAUCAUGGGGGAGAAAAUUACAGAUGUGCAGCGAGUAGCCCAAAUUGCAUUCCACACAGUGAAUCCAUUCCCAAUGAGAGGCAUUGCCAGUAAACGACAGUUCUAUCUACUUCAGGUCAAGGGAGAACUUGCAGAACUAGAUAAAAUUCGGAAAGAUUUAUAUUCCAAACAUUCACUGACCAAAACUCAUGAAGACUUCAGUGAUGAUGAUCUGCUAGAUUAAAGCAGUGGCUUAUAGGUGAACAGUAAAACUCAGUUAUAGUGAAGUUCUAGGGACCUGUGGAUUUACUUGGUUAUGUAUCAGCAAUUCAUUUUUUGCAUUUAAUGAAUUAAAAAAUAUGACUGUAUACAAUAUUAACAAAUGGUUUCAAUCUUGUGAUCACUGAAUAACUAGUUGAAGUACAUGCCUGUAUAAAAUUCAAACCCUACCUUGGAGAACUGAAGUUUUUUGAAUAGUAAAUAAAUGACAGUACAAGUUAAAAAUAUUAACAAAAUCUGUAUGAAUUAUAUAUGUCAAAUUAAUGUCAGGUUAUUAUAUUUAGGUUUUAUUGGAACUGUCAAAAAUUUGCUAUAAAUGGUGAUAUUUUCAUUGUUUAUGGCUCCGAAUGAAAAGAUAUUUGGAAAUUCUUGCUGUAUCCUGGAAUUCGCUAUAUCAGUGUUCCUUUUAUAUGAGUUGUACUGUAUGUUGAUAUCCAUGCUGUUCAGUCCUCUGAUUAUGAUUUUAAAAGACAGAUUUUUAUGCGCCCUUGGAUCUCUAUAUUCUGUCAUAUUGCCAUUCCUCAGAGAAGAUUUCCCUCCAAUGAUGCAUCAACUUUGUAUAUGGUUUAAACUCUUGCAUCAUAAAUACCCAGAGUAACUUACUGAUAUACAUACAACUAAAGAAUAUAAAGCUAGAAAGAGCUGGUUUGACUAUCUUAUAAUUUUCGGACUAGUUUUGAAAUAUGGUUUUGUUGCAUAUCCUAUAUAUUAUACAUGUGCCAAAGUCUCAAUCUUUUCUAUGUCUUGAAUGCAACAUCCAUUCCAAGAGUCAUCAACUCUGAUCAAUUGAAAAAUUAUUUUAUACAGUUUUAUUUUAUACAUAUUACAUUUCAAAUUUAUUAUCAUCCCCCCCCCCCCCCACCAAAAAAAAAAACACACAAAAAAACAACAAAAAAAUCUAAAGACAACAUGUGAAAAAGAAAUAUUUUUUCACAUUUGAUCAUACAUGUAUACUGAUUUUGGUUGUUUUUGUUGUAUAAAAUAUUGUACAUGUAUUGUCAAUAUAUCAGCUAUCUAGUCAUUAAGAUCAGAACAUGUAUUCUAUGUUGAAAUUAAAACAUGUAUUCUAUGUUGAAGUUAAAACAUGCAAGUUUUUCUACAAUAUUUAGAUUUUUAAAAAUUUGGUGCUUUACUGAUAUACAUCUAUGCAUUUCAAGAUAUCAAUGGUAUUGUGCAAUAUUUUUGGUUUUUACAAACCAUAUUCCGAAGAAAUAAGUGCUAUAAAGUUCAAUGUAACAUUGUACAGUAAGUUAUUAUUUCAUUGAAUGUCUUGAUUUUCAUUAAUUGUUAAAAAAUAUGUUCUCAUUAAAUCCCAGUAUACAUAACAAAAAGGGUACGGCAAGGUGUUGCUACUUAAAUGAAUUUUUCUAAAAUUAUUUGCUUGUUUAAUAGCAAAUACAUGUAUUUAUUUUAGAUAUAAAAGUACUUAUAUUGUAGGAUGGUUUAAAAAUCAUGUAAAUGUGAGUUUAAAGAGCCUCCAUUGAACAAAGCUUUAAAGUUGACACCUCUAUGAAAAUAUUUUGAUUUUACAUGAUAGUUAGAAAUAAGUGAGGGGAGAAUAUGAUUUAUAUCACAACUAUCAACUUAUUGUUUUAUUCAACAUGGCAGUUGAACAGCAUUGACACUAAAUGGUUGAAAUCAAAUUAUGUAGGAAUUAAUCAUAUGUAUAAUUAUACUCUAUUAAUAUUAUAAAGUUUUAUAUGUUGACAAAUUUUAGAAUCUAUGCAACACAUGCAAUGUACAAAUGACUUUGUAUAGUUUAUUUGUUGUUUAUGAAUUUAUUUAUCAUGUUUAUACACCUUUAUACUCAUGUUAGUGGAAUGCCUCAUGAUUCAUUUUGAUAUCUUAAAAUAAAAGAUAAUUAUGUAAUAUGAAAUUUCUGUUAUCUGAUAAGCUGCAGUGCUAAAAGAAAUAAUGAUUAAAGAUUGGA